GGGGGAGAGGCGUGCACAACGAGACUGCAUCGAUUGACUCCCGCUCAAGUCAAUAAUUGAGGUCAUCGAUUGAAUCCCGUUGAUCCGGAGCAACGUUUGAGAGCAAAUUUGAGAGCUGCGUUUGCUUGUGGAAGGAUUGUUGCGGAGUGUUGGUUUUUUUCCGAAGCCACCAGAUCACGGCAUCGGUCGCUGCACACGCGUUGGGUUUUGAGUCAUGUCUGCACAACAGCGUGAUCGGUAAUAAUCAGGGUCUCCGUUCCGGAGAGUAGGGUCUAAAUUGGGUCGUCUUGGUGGGCCAACCUUUUUUUUUUUUUUUUUUUUUGUUGAUUCUCGAUCCACGUAGCGGAGAUUAACUUCGUUCGCAAUGACUGAAGGAAGGCUCUGACGGCAGGUUUGGACUGGUUUGGUUGCUGGGGAAGUCCAUAGUCGUGGAUCUCGCGUCUGAUGGAUUGCUCGAAUGGACAUGACCCGGGAGCGCAUGUGAGAGGUGAAUUGCAAGUCCCUUUAGAUCAUGGGAAGGAAGAGAGCCCUUGCGAUUGUAGAGCGCUUGAUUUGGUGACUGUUCGAUGGUAAUAGUGGAGGUUGGCGGAGGGUGGAAUCGUGGCGGGAUAUCAAAUUUGGUGUGUUGGAUGCAGGAGAUGGGGCUGUCGGUAUUAGGCCACGAGAUCGCGGAUUUGUGAGCACCAUUUGUUGUUAUUAUUCAAAUUUAUAAAAAGGAUUGGGCGUAGUUUUUGAAAGAUGAAGAAUCGAGAGAGUGGGGAAGCUGAAAAUGGAUUUUUCCAAGGGAGGAGAACCGCAGAGUCAACGGUGGGCGAGGCCUCUGAGACCGUCGCGGACAACAACCCUCUGGCAGCUAAUAGACCGCGACUUACCACUGACGAUGCGCUGGCCUACUUGAAAGCUGUGAAGGACAAAUUCAAAAAUGACAAGACUAAGUACGAGGAGUUUUUGGAGGUUAUCAAAGACUUCAAAGCGCAGAAAUUGGACACUGCGGGCGUGAUCAGUCGUGUAAAGCAGUUGUUCAAAGGAUAUCCGAAAUUGAUUAUGGGCUUCAAUGCAUUUCUUCCCAGAGGGUACGAGAUCACGCAACCGGAGGAGGAGAAGCCUGCGGUAGAGUUCGAUCAGGCGAUCAACUACGUCAACAAGAUUAAGGCUCGGUUUGCCACAGAAGAGAUUGUGUACAAACAGUUUUUGGAGAUUCUGAACUAUUACCGGAAAGGUAAUAAGACUAUCAAUGAGGUCUAUCAAGAGGUGGCUAAUCUGUUUGCUGACCAUUCCGACCUGCUGGAAGAGUUCACAUGCUUUCUGCCUGGAACGAGCGGUACGUGUAUGGGAAACGAUCGCCGCAGUUUUAAACGCGCGCAGCCAAAUGUACGCCAAGCGGACGAGAAAGGAAUUGGAGAAAGUGGGAUGUCAUCAAUCGACAGGCUCAGAAUUCGUGAUGAAACGUCCUCUUAUGUACAAGGCGAACUAAGUCGAGAACGCCCAUCUGAACAUCGUGCAGCCAAACCUUGGAAGGCCGGGGAGAAAUCAGACUGGAAGGGAACAGGGCACAGGAAGGACAGAGUCGAUAGGGAGGAAGGAGGUCGGGACAAGCAGAACGAAUUCGCGGAGCAGAAGCCCGCGAAGAGGACGUCUGCCCGUAACGCGAGCGAUGCCAUCAGGAGGCAGUCGCAGGCUCGCGAGGGAGGUGAGGGAUUCUCCGGGCCUGUCCCCCAAGCGUCGACGGAUGACAAGAAAGCUGUGAAGAGUGCGGUCGGCGUGCAUCACCCGUUUUUCGACAAGGUGAAGGCCCGGCUGUGCAGCCGAGACACGUACCAGGAGUUUCUGAAAUGUCUGAACAUCUUCAGCCAGGAGAUCAUCGGCCGCGAGGAGCUGCAGAGUCUGGUGGGCGACAUCCUGGGGAAGCAUGCGGACCUGAUGGAGGGAUUCACCGAGUUCCUGACGCACUGUGAAAAUGUGGAAGGAUGUAUUGCAGGGGUGUUCACCGGGCUCAAGCUGGGGGAUUUCGCGGAGACGGCACCGCUGAAGGUUGUGAAGAUAGAGAGGGACGGUGAACGGGAGAGGAACCGGGAGAGAGAGCGAGAUGCGAAGGAGAAGGAGCAUGAUGUGAAGCCAUCGCUGGCUGCGAGGGAGGGGGCCCACAAAGUGGUUCCAAACAAGGACAAGCACAUCAACAAGCCGAUAUCGGAGCUGGAUUUAUCGAACUGCGAUCGGUGCACUCCUAGCUACCGGCUGCUGCCAAAGCAUUACACUCGGCCGGUGUCCAACCAUCGGACGGCGCUUGAAAACUCGGUGCUGAACGACAGCUGGGUGUCGGUGACCUCGGGGAGCGAGGACUACUCAUUCAAGCACAUGCGGAAGAACCCGUAUGAGGAGAGCCUGUUCCGGUGUGAGGACGACCGGUUCGAACUGGACAUGCUGCUGGAGGGGACGGCGAUGACGGCGAAGCUGGUGGGAGAAUACACUACGAAGCAAGAGGAGCAGAGCGGGGAGGCCAAUGAAUUGCCUCCGGUGCACGAGUUUUUUUCGGCGAUGAGUUUGAGGUGUAUCGAGCGGAUAUAUGGGGAUCACGGGCUGGACAUGCUGGAGGCGGUUCGGAAGAACACGAGCCGAGCGAUGCCUUUGAUACACUCGCGCCUAGUGCAGAAGGAGGAGGAGUGGACUCGAUGCCGGGAGGAGAUGAACAAGGUGUGGUCGGAGGUGUACACGAAGAACUGCUACAAGGCGUUGGACCACCGCAGCUUUUACUUCAGGUCGCAGGACAAGAAGGCGCUGAGCACGAAGGUUCUGCUGGGAGAGAUCAAGGAGGUGAAUGAGAAGGGGAGAAGGGAGGGUGACGCGAUGCUGGCGAUAGCAGCGGGUAAUCGGAGGCCACUGCUGCCGGAUCUGCGAUACGAGUUCAGCGACCUCUCGAUCCACGGCGACAUGUACCAGAUCAUAAAAUAUUCGUCGGAGGAGAUCAGCAACUCACCGGACCACACGGAGAAGACGAUGCAGAUGUGGAGGAUGUUCUUGGAUCCAAUGCUAGGCCUAUGGUCGCGUUCGGAAGGGGUAGAGGACAUGGAGAAGGGAGUGAAGGGGAGGUCGUCGGAGGGCAACGGCGGGGAUGAGACAAGCAUCCUAGAGCGUAGGACCACUCCACAUGAAGGAGGAGGCAUCGUGUGCGGAGAUGUAGAGGUGGUGGGCGUGGAGGGAUGUGGGGCUCGGGUGACGGCAGGUACGACGAAUGGAGAGGCUCGGCAAGCAGAUGGUAAUGGGGAGAGGAACUCCGAGGACAGUGCAGGAGGAGGAGCCGGUGAGCGAGGUGGGGAUGGGGCGGGAGAAGGUGCGGUGAGGGCUACGGUAGAGGAUGAUGGGGAGGGCACGGCUGCACGAAUGGGAGGAUGUGGGUGGUUACACACAGGAAUUGUUCAGGAGAAGCAGAGCAGCGGGGCAGCAGAACGAGACGAUGUGAAAAAGCGGGAAAAUGCGGGACAUGAUGAGAACAGGGGAAGGAGAUCGGUGGCGAAUGGUGGCGGUUUCGUGGAUGAUGGCAAAGACAGAGGUGGUCGUGGCACCCCAGAUGAAGAGGAAGGAGAAGUGUCUCCUGUGUCGGAGCGGGAAAAGCGAGAGCAGUCGAAGUGCAGUCCGCGUCGGGGGAGGGGAGAGAACGGCGUGGUGAAGCUAUUCGAUUAUGAGGAGGUUGCAGAAGGAGCGGGUGGAGCUGAGAUGGAGCAUGAGCAAGAUGCAUACGACGAAGGUGAAGAAAGUGCUCAGAAGUCGAGCGAGGACAGCGACACUCCGUCGGAAGGUGGGGAAGAGGUUUUGCCAAGUGAGGAGUCUGGGGACGAUCAAGCGGAUCAUGAUGAUGAUGAGGAGGAUGCUGAAGGGAAGGUAGAGAGCGAAGGGGAGGCGGAGGGCAUGACAGAUGUGGAAGGUGGAGACGGGAAUGGGAACUCGCCACUGGCUAAUUCAGAACAGUCGUAUGCUCAUUGCAAGCCACUUGCAGCUCAUCCCGGACCAGGUGCAGGGUUGACGGUAGUAUCGCAUUCGAAGAAAGGCGGAGGAAUAUUUUACGGGAAUGACACACUUUACGUCCUGUUGAGGCUCUACCAAGUUCUGUAUGAGAGGCUUCUGUCAGCGAAGAUGAACGCAGAGUUCGCAUCGAAGAGGAAAGGCAGCGAUGACGGCGCUCCCCCGAACUUGUAUUCCCGGUUCAUACAGGUGUUGUACGGGUUACUGGACGGUUUCGUGGACAACUCGAAGUUUGAGGACGAGUGCAGGGCAAUCAUAGGAAUACAGUCGUACAUAUUAUUCACGCUGGAUGAGCUGAUUUUCAAGCUGGUGAAGCAGCUUCAAGCAGCAGCGACAGACGACGUGGUACAGAAGCUUUUGGCACUGCACGCAUACGAGUACGGGCGGGAGCCUGUGGAUCUGGUAUACUAUGCGGAUGCUUGCAUGCUGCUACACGACCAGAGCAUAUACCGUUUCGAGCAGACGUGGAUUCCAAAUGAGUUGCUGAUACGGCUGAUGGAGAAUUCAGACGUUCCCGGGAAUAGUUUCGAGAGACCAUUUCAGAAGUACUUGGAUGGGCUUUUGACGUCAGUGCAAUCAGGCAAGGGUAGGCAGGUAUUUGUGGCACGAAACCUGAAGCGGAAGCUGGUGGUAGAGCGUUUGGAUUACGGGGAAGAUGUGAAAAUAUUGAACGGGCUGGAGAUAAAGAUGACAUGUCGGACGUCAAAAGUGUCGUACGUGCUGGACACGGAAGACGUAUUUUGGAGGUCAAUGCCAAGAGGCAAGAGACGGAAGGUGAAGGCGAGGCCGAAGAGAGUGGGUCUGUUUCAUAAGUGGAUGCAAGAAUUGGAAACUCUAAAGGGUGCGUAGGUAAUUACAAUUCGAUGGGUAUUCCAAGCCGGAUGAGAGUGAUCUAGCAUCAGAUUCAACAUCAAAAUCUUUUUCUGCAUUCCGCCAAGACUAGAAUGAAUGGGUUGCGCUUUUAGUCAUCAGAUUGCUGUGGACACGAAAAUUGGGGUCCUGAUUCCGGCGCGUCCUAUUUUAAUUUUGUGGCUUUGGGGAACUUCUUCUGACGAGUGUACAAGCCCUUGCUUGCAUCCAAACGUGGUGUGACAAAUACCUGGAAAUGACGAUCCCUCAAAUCGAGCCCAUUCUGAGGUCAGAUUCUCUGCGGUGCUUGACAAAUCUCGUGUUUAUCUUGGGGUGCAGAUGUGGUUAGAUGCCAUAUGAUAGUCAUCUAGCAAAAACGAAGUCCACCUGCACUGUUGAUCCCCCAUCAAAUGAUGUUGUCAACGGUAUAUGGAGGAUGACUGCAUGGGGUCCAUAUGGCAUUUGAAGCAUAAAUGUUUUAUCUUUGAGGAUUCAAAAAUGGUUUUGUGCA